AUGUCACCCGCAAAGCGUGUCGUUAUCAUCGGUGCCGGAAUUGUCGGCACAAACAUCGCUGAUGAGCUGAUCUCGCGCGGAUGGACGGAUAUCACCGUCGUCGAGCAGGGUCCGCUAUACAUGCCUGGCGGAUCCACAUCGCAUGCCCCCGGCCUCGUGUUCCAGACUACCCCCUCCAAGACGAUGACGAAUUUUGCACGAUACACCGUCGAGAAACUCCAAUCUAUUGAGAAGGAUGGCCAGAAUUGCUUUAAUCAAGUUGGUGGUCUCGAGGUGGCGACAACGCCGGCACGGCUUGAGGACCUCAAGCGCAAGCAUGGUUAUACUUCCUCGUGGGGCAUUGAGGCUCGCCUCGUGAGUGCGGAGGAGUGUGUCAAGUUGUACCCUCAUCUGAACAAGGACGUCGUGCUCGGAGGUCUACACAUCCCCAGCGACGGCCUGGCUCUCGCCGCUCGUGCAACCCAGCUACUCAUUGAACGCACCCGCAAGGCUGGUGUCAAAUAUCUCGAAUCAACACCCGUGACCGGCAUCAAACAAGCAAAUGGCCAGGUAACCGGUGUAACGAUACCCAAUGGCACUAUUGAGGCUGAUAUUGUUGUUUCCUGUGCUGGCUUCUGGGGCGUGGAACUCGGUGCCAUGGUCGGCUUGUCAAUUCCUCUACUCCCCCUCGCCCACCAAUACGCCAAGACGACAGCGGUGCCAUCUCUCGUGGGAAGGGAGCUCAAUAAACAAAUAAAUGGAAAGAAUGCCGAACUCCCCAUUUUACGACACCAAGAUCAAGAUCUUUACUAUCGUGAGCACGGGGACCAAUACGGUAUCGGAUACUAUGGUCAUCGUCCCAUGCCCGUCAAGGCAUCGUCUUUAGGUCUCACACCCAAGAAUGUCGAUGAAAAGAACAUGCCUUCUCGCCUUGAAUUCACUGCGGAGGACUUUGACCCUGCUUGGAAGGAAACGCAACGGCUCUUGCCUAUGCUACGAGACACUGAGAUCGCGGACGGAUUCAAUGGUAUCUUCUCGUUUACGCCUGAUGGAGGACCCAUCGUUGGGCAAGCACCUAACCUGGACGGAUUCUGGGUCGCCGAGGCAGUGUGGGUUACACACUCUGCAGGCGUUGCUCGUGCCGUCGCCGAAGUCCUUACCACCGGCCGCUCGCAGAUCGACAUCUCAGAGUGCGAGCUGUCUCGCUUUGAAGAAGUCCAGCUGAGCCAAUCCUACAUCGAGGAAACCUCAUCCCAGAACUUCGUCGAGAUCUAUGACAUCCUGCAUCCAUCUCAACCCAGAGAAUCCCCCCGUCAGCUACGAACCAGCCCAUUCUACGCUCGGGAGAAAGAGCUGGGUGCUUACUUCCUAGAGCUCGGUGGCUGGGAGCGACCCUUCUGGUACGAAGCGAACAAGGAACUUCUCAACUAUCUCCCUCCAAAGUGGAAGCCCGUCGACCGCGAUGCCUGGUCAGCUCAGUUCUACUCCCCCGUCGUCGCAGCCGAGGCAUGGAAGACACGCAACGCAGUAGCCAUGUUCGACAUGACCUCCUUCCACCGAUUCGAAAUCUCCGGACCCGGUGCUCUCGACCUCCUCCAGCGCCUCAGCACAGCAGACGUCAACACCAAGCCCGGCACAAUCACAUACGCCCUCCUCCUAAACGACCACGGCGGCAUCCGCAGCGACAUCUUCAUUUCCAGACUAGAAGAGAACCUCUUCCAGAUCGGCGCCAACACCGCCACCGACCUAGCCUAUCUCGCCCGCGAAGCCCGCCACCAGAGUAAGAAAAACUUUGUCCAAGUCCGCGAAAUCACAGGCAGCACCUGCUGCAUCGGACUGUGGGGUCCGCGUGCCCGAGACGUUAUCAACGAGAUCACCACGGACGACUUCUCCAACAAGGGUCUGCCGUAUUUCGGCGUGAAACGAGCCCUCAUCAAUGGUAUCCCCGUGACAGCCUUCCGCAAGUCCUACGUCGGCGAGUUGGGCUGGGAAAUCCAGACAACCGCCGAAUACGGCCAACGCCUUUGGGAUACGAUUUUCCAAGCUGGCAAGAUCCACGGCUUGAUUGCCGCUGGCCGCGCUGCUUUCAAUGCCCUGCGGUUGGAGAAGGGAUACCGAAUCUACGGCACGGACAUGAACACGGAGCAUAACCCGUACGAAGCUGGCGUGGCGAAUGGAAUCAGGGCGAGCAAGUGGGAGGAUUACGUUGGCAAGUCUGCGCUCGAGCGGAUUCCCUCCAAGCAGAACCCCUCCCGGCGUCUACGCUGUCUUACUGUCAAUGAUGGCCGGUCUAUGAUUCUCGGUAAGGAGCCGGUGUUCCACAAUGACAAGGCGGUUGGGUAUGUGACCAGCGCGGCAUUUGGAUUUACAGUUCGUAAGCCUGUUGCUUAUGCCUGGUUGUCUGGGACCUUGGAUGAAGGCGCGAGCGUCGAGAUUGAGUACUUUGGUCGCCGGAUUAAAGCUACCGUCGCGGCGGAGCCGUUGUAUGAUCCUGAUAACAAGCGUUUGCUUGCUGAUGGGUUGUCGGUUGAUUCGGAGGCUCACACGCCUGUCAAGUCUCGUCUGUGA